AUGACUUGCAUUGCUUCUGUGUUUAAGGCUUUGUGUUUGUCUCUCUUGUUCGUCGCGGCCGUUGCAAGUCGUCCAACCAACAGGCCAAAGAUUUUUAACGUCCAACGCUAUGGUGCUAAAGCUAACGGAAAAACUGAUAACACCAAGGCGUUCACAAACAUAUGGAAAAGCGCAUGCACAAGGAAAGGUGGUAAUAGUAAAAUCUACGUACCGAAAGGAAUGUUUUAUCUCGGUGGUGUAGAGUUCGUAGGGCCAUGCGCGAAUCAGAUUGAAUUUGUUAUCGAUGGAACUUUAUUGGCUCCUUCAAACCCUAGGGACAUUAAGAACGACACAUGGAUCCAGUUCAGGUACAUUAACAAUCUUAUUAUCUCCGGUGCCGGUACACUCGACGGCCAAGGGAAAGAUUCUUGGCCACUAAAUGACUGCCACAAAAACCCCAAUUGUCCUAAGCUAGCUAUGGUACCACUUCUUAAUCCUUUUACAUAUUGCUUUAUUAUAUGA